GCUGGAAAAAGGAUACAUUUCGAAUUCUGGCGUUUUAUAGUCAUGGAACUAAUUAAGAGUCUCGAUCAAUCCUUUUCAGUAAAUUAUUGCAAUGUCCGCUUUCUAUGUAAUUCGAGCUACUCCAGGUGGUAUUAGUUGAUGAAUCGUUGUUGCGCCAGAUAGCGACUAAACGGUGAUGUCCACGGCCUUGCAGCCCUAAUGGCUAAGACUGUGUUCUUUAGUCUAUUUUCCCAACUUCCCCUUUCUUGUUUUUUUUCGUGUGUACAUUUUUCCAGCUGUUAAACGGUGUGUUUUUACAAAAAGAAAAAUCUAUAGAAAAGUUGCUUUCAAAAAUCAUAUUAUUCCAUUUUCAUUUUUUUAGCUAAUACUUGAUUUCGUUGUUUCGUUUUGCGUGCAAUGGGGAAGUGUUCCCAACUCCAACUGGUGAACACAUCCUAAGUUUUGGACCUUUGAAAUGGAGAAAUUUUGGUGCAAUUUUAUAAGAAUUGAAUUCAUUUCAUGUAAAAAUGUAAAAUUUUCUCCAUUUUAAAGGAGCCUUCACUAGCUUACGAGAAAACUAGGGGUAAAAUUUCUAGAUUCCAUCGACUCGUGGGCCGCGGCCCAACUUGGCCAAAACCCCCCUGCACCGAGGUGCAUCACCGAGGACGGCGAACCCUCGAUGAGCUGACACCCUCCUCAUCCUCGCCGGCGGUCGUCUACCUCGCUCCGCUGCGGCGUUCUCUCCCCGGCUACCGGCGGCAGUUCUCCCCACCGCAGCUGGGUGGUGGGUACGGGGGGCCGCCGCUAGUCUGUGCGAGGAGUGGUUCUGUGGUUUUCUGCAUGUUCAAUCUCCUCCAGCCCUUCCCCUAGCUGAGCAGAUUGCUACAGAUUUCAAGUCUUGCAUGAUGGCAGCUGUCCAGUCUUCAUCCUGGGCAGACCUCCAGCCAGAGCUCCUGGGUCUUGUCCUCACACGCCUUCCCUCCUUAGCUGACCGUGUUCGACUAAGAGCAGUUUGUCGCCCAUGGCGCUCCAAUGCUCGGCUGCAGCCCCUUCCCCCUCCGCUCCCUUGGCUCACUCUCCUCAACGGGACCUUCCUUAGCAUUUCAGAUGGUGAAAUUCACUGCAUGCCUUUACCAGAUGAUGCUUCCUGCCAUUGCUCCAUUGACAACUGGCUCUUCCUUAGCCACGACGAUGGUGGGUUCUCGCUUAUGAACCUGUUCUCUAAGGCCACAUUGCAGCUUCCUAAACUUGAUACCAUUUGGUGUCAUCAUCUAUGGUACGCUGCGCCCAAGUUUCCUCUCUUUUAUAAGUUGGCAGUGCCCUCUCCCCUGGACUUUUCUCCAACUUCCCUCGUUGUUGCACUGAUCAUGAAUCGUUCUCAUCAAAAGGCAUUGUGCAUAUGCCAGCCUCCAGUUGCCACUGAGUCAUUCAGAGUCGAGGGUUCUACAAUGGAGGGCAUGCAGGAUUUCACCUUCUUGGAUGGGAAGCUAUAUGUGUUAAAUAAUUUCAAUAAACUCUUCAUCCUCGAGAUUGAUGAGAGCCACAUAGGUAACCCAAAGAUCUCAUCCAUUGAAUGCAUAAUUGACUCCCAGGAUGAUUCGACGACUGAACCCCAAUCCUUUCCAGAAGAUUAUCUCAUUAUGCGGAGGUACUAUCUAGUUGAGUCUGGUGGUGGCCUGUUGAUGGUGACACGGUAUGUUGGCAUUGUGCUCCCUCUUGCAGAGCCCAACUCCUUCAAACAUUCGCGUACUCUUUCAUUCAAGGUCUUUGAAGCGGACUUGACCACCGGCUCUCGCAUGUGGAGAAGGGUUACAUCUUUGGGGGGUCGAGCACUAUUUGUCGGCACACAUUGUUCCUAGUCUCUCCCUGCUGCAGAAUGUGGUGUACCUCAGGAGGAUUGCAUCUACUUCAUGUGUGAUUAUUGGAGGCCUUAUGCUGGUGAUCCUCUUUGUGACUCUGGCGUCUACAACAUGAGAAACGGGGUGAUCACGCCGUUGUUGCAGGAUGCCACAGCGCCGAGGCUGCAUCCUACAGGCCGGGGGGAUCCUGCAUGGUUCUUCCCUGCUGAUGUUGCUACGUAAUCUGAAUGUAAUCCGUCGUACUGUGUGGCAUGCGGCUGUUGAUGUAUUUUGAAGUAUCCUAUAUGGACAUAUUACAUGUAGAUAGGCUGAUGGAUGAUGCUUAAAUAAUGUUAGUACUCCCUCCGUAUUUUAAUGUAUAACGCCGUUGACUUUUUAGCAAUGUUUGACUAUUCGUUUUA